AUGGCAAUGUCCCUACCACAAGGACAAUGUCCGAUACAAUGUCAGUUGUGUGAAGGAGACCCUAAAGUAAAAUGGAAGUGUCUCGACUGUGACUUAUUGAUGUGUAGUAAAUGUAAGGAUAAAGUACAUUCUAAAUUCAAGUCAGAUAAAGACCAUACAAUCAUUGACAUAAAGGAUGUAGGCCGGCAAAGCAACAUGAUCAAGGGUGUAGACCAACAGGAUAAAGAAAUAUCUGGUCACCAACAAGCAGGAGAACCCAGUUCUCCAACUAAUGUUGAACUAAUAAACAUUAAGGAAUACAAGACCAAAAUGGUAAACAUCAGGUUUUUGGCAGUAUCCCUAGAUAGUUCAUUAUGGAUUGGUGAUGGAGAUGAGGAGGAAAUUUUCCAUCUCUUUAAAUCAUAUACAGCACUACAGAAUGUUAAACUUGUAGGGGAUAAGGUGAAGGUCAUAUCCAGCUUUAACAUUGAGGUAUUUGAUAUAGCUGUUAGUCCUACAAAUGAUAUCCUACUGGCUACAGGGGGACGAAGACUGAAGCAGAUUAAGGCUGGAUCUAAUAAAGUGACUGAUUCUAUAUACUGUGAAGAUAUACACGAUCUAUCCGGUCUCUGUAGUGUUCAUGUGACAAAAGAUGGCCUAGUGAUAGUAGGUGGAGAUAAUGUGGUUGUUGUUAUGGAUACAGAUGGUAAACAUCUAACAAGGUAUGAAGAGGAUGAAAACAAUCAACAAAUAUUUGAUGCAACUAUAUGGUCUAUAACCAGUACCCUGAACGGUAAUAUUUUUGUGGCCCAGCCAUAUUCUAAUCUUAAAGUAGUUGUGUUAGGUAAAGGAGAUGUCAUCAAUAAUUACACUGGACAUCCUUCCAUCAACAGACAAAGAAGGUUCACUCCUUUGUCAGUUAUAACCACACCAAUGGACAAUAUUAUUGUAGCUGACUAUAACUAUCAUACGUUACAUAUACUGGACAACACUGGUCAUCUACUGACCACCUACAAUACCAAAGACAGAGGUAUAGCAUAUCCGAGAUCCCUGGUCAUUACAAUGGAAGGACCUUUUGCAGUGUUAUAUAUAGGAUGUGAUAUGACAUUUAUAAAAAGUUCUGACACGGGAAAGCUGUAUAAAAUGAACAUUAUAGGAUGUUAA